CCAUGCCGAUCAGCUAGCUAGAACUCCUCGCUCAUCUUGUUCCAUUGCUCAUUGCCAAAAACCAAAUCGAAAAAAAACAAUCCAACCCGGAAAAAACACCAAUUCUCGAUUAAUCCAUAUUAUUUUUCUAUUUAUUUUUUUAUUUAUUUUCAGGAUCUCUAUUUCUCUCGCAUAUUUUUCCGUUUUUGUUUUCGUUCUUUUUCAUAUCUUUCUCUCUCGAAACCAAACAAAUUCUGCCCCCGUGAGCCGCGAACAAAACUCGCGCGAGACACGCACACAAUUGACAAAACCCUCCCACCGCGCUUGCGAGCGCGAGCGACAUUAACCUCUACUGAAAACCCCCUCUGCAAACACACACGCUCAGAAACGCGCGUGGCCGUGUGUGGGUACUGAGAGAGCGAGAGGAGAGUGAACCAUGCAUUGCUCUCUCCUUCGCUCGCCCGAUCAAAAACAAACUUGAACACUCGCGUGCCGAAAAGAGAUUCCAAGGUCCAACCGUACAUCAUGCAGCCGGUGUACGACCUGCGCCAGUCUGGUGACGUCGCAUUCGGUCCCGGAACCCGUUCCGCCCUGCUCGGCAUCCUGGGUGGAGCCCUGCCUCGCCUCACCACCGAGCAGCACGAGCUGGUGACGCGCGCCAAGAAGUACGCCAUGGAGCAGAGCAUCAAGAUGGUGCUGAUGAAGCAAACGUUGGCCCACCAGCAGCAGCAGCUGGCCAGCCAGCGCACCCAGGUCCAGCGGCAGCAGGCGCUCGCGCUCAUGUGCAGAGUCUACGUCGGCAGUAUUUCGUUCGAGCUGAAGGAGGACACCAUCCGGGCGGCGUUUCUGCCGUUCGGUCCGAUCAAGUCGAUCAACAUGUCGUGGGAUCCGAUCACGCAGAAGCACAAGGGGUUUGCCUUUGUCGAGUACGAGAUUCCGGAGGGUGCCCAGCUCGCGUUGGAGCAGAUGAACGGUGCGAUGUUGGGUGGGCGUAACAUUAAGGUCGGGCGUCCGAGCAACAUGCCCCAGGCGCAGCAGGUCAUUGACGAGAUCCAGGAGGAGGCGAAGAACUACAACCGCAUCUACAUCGCGUCGAUUCAUCCGGAUCUGACCGAGGAGGACAUCAAGAGUGUGUUUGAGGCGUUUGGGGCGAUCGCCACUUGUAAGAUGUCGCAGGGCAGUUCGGCGCACUCGCACAAGGGGUACGCCUUUAUCGAGUACCAGACGAACCAGUCGGCGAUCGAGGCCAUCGCCAGCAUGAAUCUGUUCGAUCUGGGUGGGCAGCUGUUGAGAGUUGGUCGUUCGAUUACUCCGCCGAAUGCGUUGAUGGGUCCGGCCGCAAAUUCUGCCAUGCCGACGGCGGCCGCAGUUGCUGCAGCAGCUGCCACAGCUAAGAUCCAAGCUAUGGACGCCGUUGCAACCAACGCCGUGCUUGGGCUUUCGGCAGCCACUCCAACCCUGAAGGUUGGCCUCGGAACACUUCCGAUGGCGCAAAACAUUUCGACGGCCUCGAACGUCAAUCUGGUAACGCAAGCCCAGCUGGUGGCGGCCGCCGCAGGUCAAACGGCGCUGAUGUCGCAGCCUGGUUUGCUCGUACCGCCGGUUCCCAAUGUAGCCGGGUUGGCACCCUCGCUUCUGGUAAACCCUGCACUUAUCAGUGCCGCCAAGCCGAUUCAGCCCCUGCUGAGUGGAGCAAAUCCGGCGGUCGUCGCCGCGGCCGCUGCUGCAGCAGCCCAGGCAGCCGCUCAGGCCGCGGCCAACCCGAACGCGACCGCCGAGGAAGUGUUCAAAAAAGCGCAGGAAAAGCAGCAAGAAGAGCUGCAGAAGAAACUGCUCGAGGAGGGCGAACCGCAAACGCUGCAACAGCAGGAAACCAUGUCCAUCAAGGGCCAAAGCGCGCGCCACCUGGUCAUGCAGCGGUUGAUGCGCCCGCGCGAAAGCAAGGUCGUCAUCCUGCGCAACAUGGUCGGCCCCGAGGACGUCGACGAAACGCUGCAGGACGAGAUUCAGGAAGAGUGUGGCAAAUACGGACUUGUGGAGCGGGUCAUUAUCUACAAAGAGCGUCAAUCCGAGGGCGACUACGCCGAGGACGACAACACGGACGUAAUCGUCAAGAUCUUUGUCGAGUUCUCCCAGACCACUGAGUCAGAUAAAGCCCGCGAAGCACUCCACGGUCGCUACUUUGGCGGCCGACUGGUCAAGGCCGAGUCCUACGACCAGGCGCUCUUUGACCAUGGCGAUCUGUCUGGUUAGGUUGAAGCAACAAAAAAAAAAAACAAAA